GCCAGUUCUACUUUACGGCGCAGAGACUUAGCCAUUACGGGAACAGGAUACAAAUUGAUUGUCGGUGUUCGAACACCGCUGUCUACGUCUCAUUGCACGAGUCUGGUGUGGAAACCGGGCUUGUCUGAUCCAUUUCCCCAUUUCACUUUAUUUCCACACUCAGGUUUCACUUGUCGUUGUGGAGGUUUGUAUUGCGGUCUUCAUCGCUACUCAGAUGCACACAGCUGCUCCUUCGAUUAUCGCGAGUCGGGUCAGGAGGAAAUUCGCCGGUCCAACCCACAGAUUAUUUGCCAAAAAGUCCAAAAGAUCUGA